AUGACAUGUCCCAACCCCACAGGGCUGUGCGUAGCAGCAGCAGCAGCAGCAACAGCAGCAGCAGCAACGGGAGCAGCAACAGCAGCAGGAGCAGCAGCAGCGACGCCCCCCGCCCAGACAGCAGCGGCAGCAGCGCAGCAACCGCACAGACAGACACUCGCUGUUGCAUGCCCAGCAUUGCAGAAAGGAACAGCACAGGUGCUGUUCUACAGUAUUCCCGCCGAGGCUGUUCCUGGAGCUCCUGACGAAGCGGGCGGAGCGGAGCCGGACUCAACGUUGAUUCAAAGCCUGUCGAUCUCGGCGCACGAAAACGAACUUUGCUGCCUCUGUCUUAGCGCUGAUGGAUCUCUUUUAGCUUCUGCUUCUGUCAAGGGCACUUUAGUGCGGAUCUUUUCCGCAGCCUCUGGGCAGCUGCUCAAGGAAGUUCGCCGCGGAGUGAACCCGGCCAUAAUUACCUGCCUCUGCAUCAGCCCCUGCAACAGCCUUCUUGCUGCCUGCAGCAACACGGGCACGCUGCACCUGUAUCGUUUGGGUGACGGGGAGGUAGCAGCAGCAGCAGCAGCAGCAGCUGCUGCUGCUGCUGCUGCUGCCACCACCCC